UCGAUGUAUUUGAAGUUUUCCUUUAUUUUGAAGAGUUGCCCUGUGAGGCCUUUUGUUCCCUUUGUUCCCCUUUUGUUCUGUUUUUCCAAAGUAAAGUCUCUUGUUCUUGCCUUUUUUUGGAGUUUGAGUUUUUCCCCCUCCGCAUUUGGGUCCUAACCCUCCACCACACCGUGACAACUGUACUCUGCUGGAGUAAGAGCAAAUAUGAAGAGCAGAAAGAGAUACUUCAGCAUUUCCUGAUCCUCAGAGAAAAGGGCCACGUCCCCACCUACAUCACUUCUGAGGACAUGAAAGACUGGGUAAUCUCGGAUGGACAGAACAUCCUGAGGGAGAGAUUUCAGACGGACACUUCUCAGCAGCGAGAUCGCCUCAUUCACCUGGUCUGGGAGGUGAAUAUGAGGUUAAAGCUGCAGGACAUCUGCAGAGAUGUAGGGAUGAGCCCCAGCAGCUCAGAAGCCCCUCUGAUGCACGCCCAGGAUACCCAGCGUGCCACUCUUGCUGACCUGGAGUCUGCAGCUCUGGAGAAAGCAGCAGCUGCAGAGAGCUACUCCAGGUGGUACUUUGAUGCCCACUUUGUGGUGCGCCGGGCACUGCGAGAGCUGGCACAGGCGCUGGCACACCCAUUCACCUGCUCCCCCCCCACAUCCUGUCAGCAGUGGUGGGGGACACCGUCACCGGCCUGCUUGGCGCCGUCAUGGAGCCAGCCAAUCGCAGAGCGCUGAGCAGGGCCUUCAGCGAGGUGGCGGUGGGCGUGGCCAUAUGCGUCCGUGACGACCUGCGCGCUGCGGGAUGGGCGGAGGAGCGGGCUUUCGGGGCGCAGUGCUGGAGGUGGGCCAGGCCCAAAAUGGUGGGGGUGCUCCACAGAGACCUGCUGGAGCAGACCGGCUCCCCUGGGGCCCUGCAGGCCGCCCUGAGGGGGAACAGCGCCGCGGUCACCUCCGCCAUCGCCAUCGCCAAGGCCCUCCUCGUGGCUGCUGAUACCGCGCUGAGCGCCGGCCCUGCCACGCCUGAGGAAGAGAAGGAAGAGGAGGAAGAGAACGUCCCUGCGGCAGAAGAUCCUGUGAACACUGCAGUGGAACCAGAGACGCCAGUGGCCCAAGACAAGACAUCAGUGGUUGAUAGUGAGGCAUCCACAACUUCAGAGGAGGAAAUGGACUCCUGCAUGACAUCACUGGAAGAAAUUGGCUCAAAAAUGACAGCGGAUAAUAGUGAUGCAGUCAUGACAUCACUUGAAGUAGACUCCUGCAUGACAUCUCAGGAGGAUAUGGACUCACCACUGACACCACAGAUGGAAAGUGAGGCACCAAUGACAUCAACGGUGCUAACUGAUGUGGUCAUGGCAACGCUGGGGGGGAUCCCCACGACUGAGGAACCUCUGGAGGAAGGAGGAAAGCCAGAUGGAUUUGCAAUCCCUGUUCCACUGGACACUGCCGUGGGUGAUGCACUCCUGGACCUUCCACACAGUGAGUCACAGAUAGUAUGCGCUGGGUGGACACUGUUGAAAAUGCUCCUUUCCUUUUGCACCCAGUGGCUAAAUAAUCACAGUUAAAGAGCAGCUCCCAGCACAGAGACGUCUACACAGAGAGGCUGUGCUGAAAGGAGUCUCCCUCUUCUUUUUCAGAGGAGAAGCAGAAGAAAGAAGUCAGGCGCUUCUUUGACCGAGUGUGGAAGGCCCUGAAACUCAGCUGCUGCUGCUGCUGCGUUUCCACGGAGACCGACUGAAAUUUCAAAUGUUUAAAUGUCUGUGUGUCUGUAUGUCUGUGUGUGUCUGUCUCUGUCCUUUUUGUCCUUUUGUCUGUCUCUUGCCUCCCUUGCCUGCCUGCCCGCCUGCCUUUCUGUCUGUCUGUGUUUGUCUGUUUCUGUCUGUCUCUUCAUUUUAGAUCUGGCCAUCACCAAGAAGAAUUACUAAUUAAUACAGUGCACAAAAACAACAAAAAAAACCAAAAAAAGGAUUUCUCUUUCAGAGUUUGGAUUAAACAGCGAAGGCAUUUCAUCACAUGUUGCAGUGAUGAGUGUUUGCAUUUAUUGCAUUUUCUUGUGUAUUCUUAGAAAACAAAUGUUAAGAUAUUACUUUCAGGAUUGCAAAAGAAACCUGUUGAAUACAGAUGGGACACUGGAAUGAUACAGUGAAAUGGAAGCCAGGACUCACACUUGGUCCUGGUGAGUACACAGUGGUACAGUGGUGUGUCUUAAUCGUACACAGACAUGUCAGCUGAGUCUGUGCAGGUUAGCACCACCGUUCCUGUAUGUCUGAUUACAGAGAGGCAAACAGUGAUGUGAUAAGAUAUAUGGAAACUACAGUAUCAGUAGAGAUGGACAAAUCCACAGUGGCAGACGUCGUUUACCAGGACGAGAGGGUAAACCAUUAAUGACCGUCAUCAAUAAUCAAGGCCCCAUCACCGACAGUGUGGCACAGUGCUUCUGCAUGUUAUUUUAUUAGUCAUCAUUGCACAAAGACUGAAAUAUUAUGAGCGUGUGAGCAAUGCACAGCUUAGGCUGGGUCUCUGUGCGUAUGAAAGUUGGCCCUGCAUGCAGGCUGCUCCUGCUAUCCCAGGAUUCAGUGUGGCUGAGGAUAUGCACAGGAAGGCAAAAAGAAUGUUAAUUUCCCCCAAAAUGUUUUUUACCUGUUUACCUACUUACAAGGUUCUACGGUGGUAAAUUAAUUCUUGUUUUCUGAUCAAGUUUUGUCUAUUCGCACAGCUCCUCCACAUAGGCCAAAAUGUGGUUAAGUUAAAAUGUUUUCUGGAUGGACACCGUGCAGGAACCAUCCAGACAGACUCAUUUCAGGGGGAGCCUAAACAGGUGUGAGGAUGAGUUGGCGGACUUUGCGCCCUGACCCCCCCGGAUAUGCUGGAUUUAUUAGGCACAGUGUGAGCAAUGUGUGCUGCUGUUGCUGUGUGCUGAAGUGGUUAAGGAUGAGAAGCUGCUGUCGUAGCUAGGAAGGGCUCUUCCUGGCCGACCCUGGGGCUGGUGGACAAGCCUGCAGCAGGAAUGCUAACACAUGUGUAGCGUGGAUGCUAGCACAUGUACCCCUGUACAGAGACACACAUCCCCACUUUGCAGGGAUGAUUUGCGAGAAAAUUGGUUAAAGCGCUGUGUGAUUCUUCUUGUCAAUGUCUUUUGCUUUUUUCUAGAGCCCGACCGAUAUAUCGGUUUGGCCGAUAUAUCGGCCAUUAUUUGACUUUCUUGACCACAUCGGGAUCGGCAGUUAUGCAGCCGGUGUGUCCCGAUUUUUAAAUAAGUAUAAUAAACAAGAAAACAUUGAUUA